AUGGAGGGUCCCGACCUUAGUGAUUUGGACCUGCAGCGCGAGGUGCAAGUACUUCGUGCGCACCGGCGCUUGUCUGCGAGCCACCUCGCCGUUAUUGAUCCCGACUUUCCGGGUCUCACAUCCUCCCCUUCCCCAGCGUAUGAGGAGUCCCUCGAUUCCUCCCUCAGUGCUUCGCCCGCGUCGUCCGCCGCUUCUACGAGCGCGUCGCCGCCACGCACCCCCGAGGCAGCGAGCGAGCCGUUCGAUGCCAGUCGCUUCCAGGAUGCAUCGCCGAUCUUUGGAUCGUCACAACGCCAGCGGUACCUCGCGCGGCGGCAGAUGCGCCUGGCCCAAGCGCCUCCCGGCACGUCGCAGCCCCUGCCCAAACCCUCCGCGCGCGUCGCGUCCGGCCCCAGCGAUGAGCUGUGGGUCUCUGCCUCUAUCCACCCCGAGGUCAGUCCAUCCGAGUUUCGCACGUUUCUGCGCGAGCAGGCGGAGAAGAAUGUGAGCCUGCAUCCCACCGAACCUGUGGCGUCUCAGGACCUGGCCGCACGAUACCUGGCGCGCUCGGCGUCGCUCACUCGCCGAGGCAGCUCGCUGCGGAGGCAGGUCAAGGGCGAUGAACGCGAGACGCCCGACAAGGAGACGCCUGCACCUGAGCCGGCUGCGGCAGACGCUGCGGCCGCGUCCCCGAUACCCCCCGCGCCGCCCAGCACAGACACGGCGAUAGACAGGGCGCACUGGCAGCGGGCGCGCUCCAUACCCCCCCGGCAGGUACGCGAGUCGCCGCGCUCGCACCGCAAGCCGCCGCCAGCGAUCCCGCCAUCGCUCGCGGCGACGCCAGAGACACCGUCGCGCUACGUGGCGCCGGUGAGCCCCGGUGGGCGCGCGCGAACGCACUCUGCGCCGCCAUUGAUGCCCGCCGCGCCUAGCCCGGCUGUGCAGAUAGGCGAGCCGCGGAGUGGCUCGCCGCGUCCGAUCCCGCCGGAGCCCAAGCUCACGCCUGCGGAGCUACGUGCGAUGCUGCCGCAGAAAGGCGACCUUCCGCGCUUACCCCCGGAUGCAUCGAGCCCAGCGACGGCAGCACCGCCCGAGCGCCUGAGGCGACCGCUCCCCGAUGUGCGGCAGGCAGCGGCGCGCCCUGAGCCGGAGCGCAGCGAGAGCCCCCGGCCACUCCCACGUGUGCCCUCGGAGCUCGACACGCCGCAACGGCGGAGCGAGGAGGUGCGAACCUCUCGCACCUUCGAUGAACCGGCACGACCGCCAGCGUCACGAGACCGAAAGACGUUUGGGCUUUCGUGGUUCGGGCUGUCCAAGGACGACGACGAUCUCAAGGCGCGGCGGAAAGAGCGAGAGCGCACCGACGACGAGACGCCGAGCACGCCUCGGCGCGAGAAGGAGACAUUCCUUACCAACUUGUUUGGGAAGCGUCGGAAUCUGGACUCGUACGACCUGCGGCUCCGCGCGCGGAACCUCUUUUCCACGUCGUCGAGCAGCAGCGCCGCGUCGGCGCCAAAUGCGAUGGACGUGCGCUACCCUCCCGCGACGGAGCGCACGCUGUAUCGAAUCUCACACAUGAAACUCUCGAAUCCGCGGCGCCCGCUGCAGCAGCAGGUGAUCAUAUCGAAUCUUAUGUUCUGGUAUCUCUCCGUGAUUCACUCGUCGCUGGCGCGCCCCGCGCACGGGCCGUCUAGCACGGAGCGCCACGGUCUCGGCCCGAGCGACUAUGACGAGCGCGUUCGGCGGGCCCAACCCGGCACCGCUCCUGUGGCCGUGCACACGGGCACCCUGCUACGCACCGUACCGCGCUACGGCGUGGCUCCUACGAUGGUCGGGCUGUAUGGGGCACCUGCGUCGCCGCCCACCUGGGCUAUGGCGCCUGACGUGCAGCACACGUCGAUGUGGCCACCUGCGUGGAGCGAGGCCCCGUCCGCGCCUGAUACACCCCAUGGACAGACCGUCGACGAUGUGCAUGUGCACUAUGCGACGCCCGCGCCAAGUGCCCAGCCGAUCGUGCCGCUGCCGCGCACUGCGCGAGGCCCCCUACCGCCUGUGCCGGCGGUGAACGGGCCGCGUCCUGCGCGACACAGCCACCUGGACCAGCAUCUUGAGCAGGUGCAAGCGCAGGCGCUCUCGACGCAGCGCGCCCUGCGGCAUGCGCGCAGCUCGCCGAACCUGAGCCGCGGCGCGGCGCGGCCCCCGAUGCAUAGAUCCCAUGCACCAUAG